CCUCCCGCCGCCCCCCCGCCUGGCUCGGGGUCGGGAGGCAACCGGUCGCGCUCCCGGGCUGCCCCCCCAGCCAAGGGGCGGGCCGCCCCCUCCUCCGCGGGGGCUGCCUUCGCCGGGGGCAGGGAAGGGGCAGAACGGGACGCCGUCGGAAGAGGCGCGGAGCCAGCGGCCUCCGUCCCCGCUGACGGCGGGGCUGUGUGCGGGAUGAGCGCGGUGCUGCGGGGAGCCCUGCGCCGGCUGCGGCCCCCACGCCGCGCCGGCCGGCCCGAGCCUCUGGCCGCGGCUGCCCUGCGGCCCCUCGGGGGAGCGGCGGGCGCCCAGGGGCGGAAAGAAACCCCAACUCCUUCCUUGGGGAAAGACACAGCAGACACGGUGAUCAUUGGAGGUGGUUGUGUUGGUGUGAGUCUAGCCUAUCACUUGGCUAAGGCUGGCUUGAAGGAUGUUGUUCUUCUGGAAAAGUCUGAGCUCACUGCAGGAUCUACUUGGCAUGCAGCUGGCUUAACUACUUAUUUUCAUCCUGGAAUAAAUCUGAAGAAAAUCCAUUCUUACAGCAUCAAACUCUAUGAAAAGCUGGAAGAAGAGACUGGACAGGCUGUGGGGUUUCACCAGCCUGGUAGCAUCAGAAUUGCUUCAACUCCCACUAGAGUGGAUGAAUUCAAAUACCAAAUGACUCGUGCUGGUUGGCACCCGACAGAGCAGUACCUAAUCACACCCGAGAAAGUACAAGAACUGUUUCCCUUGUUGAACAUGGAUAUGGUUUUAGCUGGCCUGUAUAACCCUGGAGAUGGUCAUAUUGAUCCCUAUUCUCUCACUAUGGCCUUGGCUGCAGGAGCCAGAAAAUAUGGUGCCCAGUUAAAUUAUCCUGUCCAAGUGACUAAUCUGAACUCCCGAUCAGAUGGGACAUGGGAAGUUGAAACUCCGCUUGGAAUAAUUAGAGCAAAGAGAAUUGUGAAUACUGCAGGUUUUUGGGCCCGUGAGAUAGGCAAGAUGAUUGGCCUGCAGCACCCUCUGAUACCUGUUCAUCAUCAGUAUGUUGUGACUUCAACUAUCCCUGAAGUGAAAGCCCUAAAAACAGAAUUGCCUGUGAUUCGUGACUUAGAAGGAUCAUAUUAUCUAAGGCAAGAAAGGGAUGGUCUUUUAUUUGGUCCAUAUGAGAGCGAGGAGAAGAUGAAGCUGCAGGACUCAUGGGUAACAAAUGGGGUUCCACCAGGUUUUGGAAAAGAACUGUUUGAGUCUGAUUUAGACAGAAUAAUGGAGCAUAUCGAGGCUGCAAUGGAAAUGGUCCCAGUUCUGAAAAAUGCAGACAUCGUAAACACAAUUGCAGGUCCUAUCACCUAUUCUCCAGACAUUCUUCCUAUGGUGGGACCACAUCAGGGUGUCAGAAAUUACUGGGUAGCUAUCGGUUUUGGGUAUGGCAUUAUACAUGCUGGUGGCAUAGGAAAGUACCUCAGUGACUGGAUCCUUGAGGGGGAACCUCCAUUUGACCUGAUAGAAUUAGAUCCCAACCGUUAUGGAAAGUGGACCACAACAGAAUACACAGCAGCCAAAGCAAGAGAAUCUUAUGGUUUUAAUAACAUUGUUGGUUACCCUAAAGAAGAAAGAUUUGCUGGGAGACCAACAGAAAGAAUUAGUGGGCUGUAUGAUUUGCUAAAAUCAAGAUGUUCGAUGGGCUUCCAUGCAGGAUGGGAACAACCUCAUUGGUUCUACAAACCUGGAGAUGAGACUGGAUACAAACCCAGUUUUCGGCGCACAAAUUGGUUUGACCCUGUGGGUCGUGAGUGUAAGCAGGUUAUGGAAAAAGUCGGUGUGAUUGACCUGUCACCAUUUGGCAAGUUUAAAGUUAAAGGCACAGAUUCUGUUAAGCUGCUGGAUCAUCUAUUUGCAAAUGUUGUUCCAAAGGUGGGUUCCACAAACAUAAGCCAUAUGUUAACACCAAGAGGAAAAGUUUAUGCUGAGCUAACAGUCUCUCAACUGUAUCCUGGAGAAUUUAUGCUUGUAACUGGCUCAGGAUCAGAACUUCAUGAUCUGAGAUGGAUACAAGAGAAAGUAACAAGAGGUGGAUACAAAGUUGAAAUAGAAAACAUGACAGAUGAGAUGGGAGUACUUGGUGUAGCAGGUCCAUAUGCCCGAGACAUCCUCCAGAAGCUGACAAGGGAGGAUCUGAGUGAUGCUUCAUUUAAGUUUCUCCAGUCUAGACAGUUGAAACUUUCUGAUAUUGCUGUUACUGCCAUUAGGAUAUCAUACACAGGUGAAUUGGGCUGGGAGCUCUAUCACAGAAAAGAAGAUUCUGUAGCUCUUUACAGUGCAAUUAUGGAAGCUGGCCAAAAAGAGGGAAUUGACAACUUUGGAACAUAUGCUCUGAAUACUUUAAGGCUGGAGAAGGGUUUCCGAGCCUGGGGCGCAGAGAUGAACUGUGACACUAAUCCCUUGGAAGCUGGACUGGAAUACUUUGUAAAGCUGAACAAGCCAGCAGACUUCACAGGAAAGCAAGCACUGAAGCAGAUUAAAGAAAACGGGCUCAAGCGACGACUGGUGUAUCUCACUGUGGAAACGGAUAGUGUCGAUCCCGAGGGAAAUGAAAGUGUGUGGCACAAUGGCAAGGUUAUUGGCAACACCACAUCUGGAUGUUUCAGUUACAGUGCUCAGCAGAGUCUGGCUUUUGCAUAUGUUCCUACAGAACUCAGCAAAGUUGGACAGAAAUUGGAAGUUGAACUUCUAGGAAAAAAUUAUCCAGCAACCAUUAUACAAGAGCCACUGGUACUCACUGAACCGACAAGAAUGCGUCUUCAGAGAAGGGGUGAAAGUCCCAAAAUAUAAACACAGAUGAGGAUAUAGCAAAAUGUGCAGUAGUAAAUAGUUCCAUUAAUAUGCAUGAAGUUAAGAGAAGCAAACUACUCAUAUUUCCUAAUUACUAAACACAAGAUUGUCAUUGCCAUGCAUCAGUGAGAGAUUAAAUUGUGUUGCCCUCUUUCUUCCUUGUAUGGGCUACUCACAUUAGAGAUCUGAGCACAGUUCAUGAACCAGAACGUGUCCUCUGUAGCACUCGAGAGUAGAAAGUGGCAGGGAAUUAGAUUCUUGAUUCAGCUUGCUCUCACAUUGGCUGUCAGAUCUGAAUUAAUACGGAGGAGGAAGUUGCUCUUAGUAUUGGCCAAUAGCAACUUUUUCCUACUCCUUGACACUCACAGUUCCUUCUUUGCCUGUCCUCAGGGCAAAGCACCUUACCCUGGCUCAUUACAACAUAACUUUGCAAACUUAUUAAAAUAAUGUCACUAGUUCUUGUGAAGAAAUGCUUCCUAAGGAACUGAAAUACAUGCCAGCAAUCAUUAGAAAUAAUAAAAGUAAUAUUAAAGGCAAACUGAACUGUUAGCAUUUUUUCCCAAUGUGUCGCCCUGGCAGGAAAUUCUCACAGAAGAUAAAAAUCUAGUUCUUCUUAAAUCAAACAGUUCUAGGAAGCCCAUUCUUCAUUAUUUUACAUGAAUCAUAACAGGGUAUUAUUGCUGAUUUUUUAACAGAACUUAAAAUACUGUAUCAUGGAUUUACUGUUCUAAAUCUGAAGAGCUAAUCUGACACCAGAGGACUUCUGUUCCUCUGUUUCCUGUUAAUUAUAGCUUGAACAACAGUAAAGCCAUAUGUUGUUAAUACAGAAAUAUUAUCAAUAAAACAAAACAAAACAUCCACAGCAGAGGAGCUUUAUCAAGUGUUAAAUAUUGAAUAACUUGAAUAAGCACGAUUGGGAUAAUGUAAAUUAUAGGAACACACAAAAUCAUUACAACUCUUCUGAAUUCCAUGAUAUGUUCAACAAUUCUCUUUAAUAAGAACAAUGUCACCAUUUCCAACUUUAAAAAAGUAACACUCCCCUUUAGGCUAUAGAUAAACCUUUUCAAAGUACAUAUAUAUAUGAAUAUGAAUAUGAAUAAUGUCUAAAAUGUACUUUCUCUAAAGGCACUGGUGCCUCUAAAUCUUCAGCAAAGAGGCAAAUGUGUAAAUAGAAUUUAUUCAAGGAGAAACACAAUUUGAAUACUGAACACUUGCUAAAGGAAGCUGACAUUGCAUUGUGCUGUUCUGAAUAUCUUUUAUGAAGCAGGUAAAAAUAAAAUAUACAGGCUUUGUCAGGUUUGCUUGCAGUACUACCUUGAGUGAAAGAAACAUUCAGAAAUUAUUCUCUGUUACACUUUCAUAAGUGAUUUAGUUCUAAUUUGCAGAACCAAUCAGAGAUGUAAUUUUUUCUGAAAGUGACAUUAUUUGUAAUAAGGUAGUUGUCUAUGUUUCCUUGAGAAGUUAAGAAAUCUAAACACAAUGCAAUGUUCUUUUAUUUAGGAAGAUAGUUUUGAGUCUCAGUAUUCCCCAAAAACAUGCAAACUCACUACACACCAUGUCCUGGAGCAUACUGUAACAGGUACCCUGAGACAGCCUCUGACAUAUACUUUCCUAAGAAGCUUUGCUAUGCCAAAACUCUGUUUCAGUUAUACCUUCCACAUCCAAUUCUGGAAGUUAGGUAGAAUCAGGUUUGUAACUCCUUUUCCAGCUUGGAAGAAAGAUGCAUUCUUCAUUAACGUAUCAGCCAGAUGAGUAUGCAGAAGGCACAGGCUUUCUGAGCAACAGAUAAUGAAUCACAGAUGUAAUUCCUACAGAUAAGUUGAAAAACUGUACCGUCCAUGGGCUUGUAUUGCAUUUUAAGCUGUAACCUCCCAACCACUUAUUCCUUGCAGCAGAUGCUACAACAAGCUACCUGUUUCAUUUUGCAGUGUAGCAUUACAGAGGCCCAAACACAGAUUUCCUUCUGGGCUUCUCAUUGACAGCAGUUGUCACAGAAGCCUCACAAAAAUAGUUAAGCCAGUUAAUGUUCACUUAGUUUUGAGAACUAGAGAAGCAGACAAAACCUGUAGCAUGCUGCUUCUGUGACAAGGCAAUCAAUGUGAAAUAGUUUCCUGCAGCCAACUUGUAAGACCUAAACAACUCCCUGUUCAUCACUGACCAUUGAAAAGGGAAAACUGAGAUUUUGUCCCACUUGUUACCCCUUAAGAAGGGCUGUGCUUUCUGUUUAGCGAUGCAUUCAGGAGCAGAGAAAUAUCUGGAGGAGUUUUAAACAUGCAUGACUGAGUAUUAGAAGCACUGUAGUUAUAAUAGCUGUGUGUCUGACAGGGUUUAUUAGCUAUUGUAGCUUAUUUUUCACUGCUCUGGUACUCAAGCCAGCUUACCGAGUAUUUUUUAAGGUAGCUCAACAAGGCAGCAUUUUGCACAUAAUGGAUAAACGGAGCUGUAAGGGGAUUAAGCUUUAGAAAUCAUGCUCACAGAGAGCUUCACACAAUUAAGUCUUCAAAGUUAUAAAAUUAUAAACCUGAAGAAACAGGGUGGGGGUUAUUCAGCAGAGGGAGGGAGUAUUCAGCAGCUUUUGUGGUUUCAUGUCACUGCUUAUUUUCAUGUAUGUUGUGAUAUGGUCUUGCAUAAACUUGUGGUGUCAGGAUACAGGAAGAGGAAGCGAAUAGGCGCAAGAAUGCUUAAGUAGUACAACCAUGUUUUAAGAGGGUUUCUAACCAAUCAAACAGAAAUUCCAGGGCUGAAAGACUGGCAGGGACAUCUUUUGAGUCUUUAGCAACUCUGUUACCUAAUAAAGGAGACAACUUUGCAAUGAGAUGAAGAGAUGACUGUUGGUCAUCCAGGACAUUUUCUGAAAAAUUCAAAUUUCUGUGUGUGGAGAGACUACUACCAUUUGAAUUUUUGUUCCAAGUUCCUGCCCGCUAUGGCAAGAUGUACCAUGUUGAUAAUUUGUGUGGAGUGAUAAAUCAACACAAUACUAAUACCAUAA